AGGAGGUAGGUGCUCCCCUCAGACGAAAACCUAUGUGGAGGCAAGACUCCCUCGGCCGACUUUCUUGUCCUUCAAGUUCAAUUGUCCCUUCGGUCAUUCGUAUAAUCAACCAACGCACUCUGGGCCUCUAUUUCGAAGAUGUCCGGUAUCGAAGUUGCCGGCCUUAUAAUCGGCAUCAUCCCGCUUUUGGUUACAACGAUUGAUCAGUGUCAGCAGGGCUAUAAGCUUCUAGACGAAUGGAUACACUUCCAACGCGAGUUUUCCGAGUUCUCCAACACCGUCAGAUGCCAGCGUUUACUUCUAAAGAAGCUGAUCCAGCGGACUUUAGCAUCGGUAACUGAGUCUGAGGAGACCUUAGCUAGGAUGCUAGAAAACCCUAGCUGUGACGAAUGGAGAGACCCAGUUAUCACCGAGAAGCUCAAGACUAAGCUCUCUGGCGAUGAAGAGUAUGAUACAUUCUCUAAACUGCUGCAGUCUGUGCAUAGGCAGCUUGAGAAGUUGAUUUCUGGACUUCAGAAGUACAGUGGGCCGAAACCAAAAAAGAGAUUAAUUGAUCGGGUUACCUUCAUGUCACAGCAGAUCCAAUCAUUGGAGAGACUUCUGGGCAACGCAGAAAUUAUACAAACGUCGCGACAACCUUGUACUGAGAACAGCAUUGUAGCACUAUUCGAGCGUGUUAGGCGACAGGCUACCAGUCUACACCGAGCCAUAACUAGAUCGUGGACAUGUGGCUGUGAUACGAAGGGAGAUGCACUUACGUCCCAGUCAGCGAGUAACGCCGCCCGGUGGUGCAUCGUUGAAGCCGCUCUCGCGACUACCUUUGAGCCACACGUUUCAGUCUGGAGUCAGCUUAAAUCCGCGGAGAAGUCAUCAACACAAUUGCUGCUCACCGUUCCAGCCGGUAAGCAGAGCGGGAGAAUAGCCAAUAAUGGCAACUCUUCUACUAUGCUAUGUCAACCACAGCCGACCAUAGUUUUGUCCUCGGCAGAGAGUCCAUAUCACCACGAGCCCCUGACACUCGCUCCCGACAGCAUCCACGUCAUUCAUGACUUGUGCUCCAUGCUCAAAUUCCAACCGACAACUAGCCAGCUUGGCUAUCUCUUCGACGGCACCAACUCAUAUCACGCCUUAGUGGUCGUGCCCACCGGGACAUCUAGCCCGGAAAUAGUGGGUCAAGCCGUGAGCCUAGGACACAUACUUGCAGGAAGCACUUCUAAAGCAAUUGGUCCGACUACCAUCCUCGCCACCGAUCCCUCCAAGAAUUUAGCCGUGGCAAUCCCUAUCCCUUCUAUCCCUGCAAGGCUGAAUAUUGCUCUAACGGUUGCCCACUCGCUUCUCGAGCUAUUUCCAAGUCCUUGGCUCCCAGGAGACUGGGACAAGAAUAACAUCUACUUCUCUGUCAACCAAGAUGGGAGCGUCAACACUGCAAUGCCUUUCCUAAUUUCCAGGAAUAACAGCGCGCGCACCAGCAACACCCAGAGGAAAAAAGGCAAAGAGCCCGCGGAACCAACAUCACACACAUCGAGACCUCAUGACCAUGGAAAGAUCUUGCUCGCCCUCGGCACCUUGAUCCUCGAACUAUGGUUCGGCCAGCCUCUCGAUUCCCAGCCUUCAUGGGAAGCCAACUUCGGCCCCAAUGGCCAGGAAACAGAGUUCACCAAAUUCAACGCCGCAGCGACCUGGCAACGGAUGAUUGCGGAUCAUGGUGGACCGGAACUGCACAACAUUACUCGGCGAUGUAUUUACGGCAACUCCGACUUGGCCACGCAAAGCUUGGAAGACGCAGAACUGAUCAAGGCGGUUUAUGAGAACGUGGUGAUGGAAUUGCAAAAGCUCUGUGACGCACUUUCCCAAUGGGGGAACCCAUGGUAG